GGUAACAAGGUAUACGGAACACAUGGUUCGCGCCUAAAGUGGUUUGAGAAUAUAAAUAAUCCUCUUAUUUAAUAAAUGUUCUCUCAAAUCAAUCGUGUGGGGCUGUUUUUAAGUCAUCAAAUACGAGCAUCUCCACAACUCACAGCAGCAGCAACCACAAUGGCUAGAAGUCACAGCGCCGCUGCAUCCGAUACGGACAUAGUUUGGAUGGACCUGGAGAUGACCGGGUUGGAUUUUGAGAAGGACAAAAUACUGGAGUUGGCUUGCGUUAUUACCGAUAAGGAUUUAAAUGUUAAAUCUGAGGGUCCCUGCUUCGCCAUAAAUCAUCCCCAGGAAGUGUACGAUAAUAUGAACGAAUGGUGUAUGAAGCACCACUAUGAGUCCGGCCUAGUGGACCGAUGCAAGAACUCCCAAGUGAAACCCAAGCAGGCUGAGGAGCUGAUGUUAUCCUAUCUCAAAAAAAAUAUUCCCGAAAGAAAAUGCCCUUUGGGAGGAAAUUCUGUGUACAUGGAUCGAUUGUUUCUCCGAAAAUUUAUGCCAAAUGUUGAUGAAUACCUACACUACCGCAUUGUGGACGUGUCCAUCAUAAAGGAGCUGGCGAAGCGAUGGUAUCCAGACGUCGCUAGUGGUACUCCACAAAAAAAGCUCGCACAUCGAAGCCUAGAUGACAUUCUGGAGAGCAUUGAGGAACUAAAGUACUACAAGCAGAGCUUGUUUAAGUAGCUUAUUUCCUUUCAAAUAUUGAAAAUAUUUAUUAAACUUUGUUUUAAGAAUAUAAUUUUUGAAAACAUAGAUUAAAUAUUUUGAACAAAUUGAAUUCCAUUUGCUUAUUUCAGUUUGAAGAAUGCCUCGCCAUUAAAAAGACUUAAUUUUUAUAGAUAUUUAACUCUAAACUGUAUUUUGUCAUAGGUCUUUUGUUUUGUUUUCAUAUUUUAAAGUAUAUAUUAAAAAAAACAUUUCUCACUAAAUGGUGCGAAUGUGAACGGAAAAAUAAAAUUCUAUCAUAAGAAAUAAGAAUACGAUGGCAAUAAAAAACUCAAAGCUA